AUGCCCACCGUCUCCUCCCUCCUCGACACCGGCCUCUUCCCUCCAUCUCCCAUUGCUGAAUGGCCACCCCCUCCGCUCAUGGAUUGCCCCGAGGCGACAUCACCCAUCUCGCUGCACCACCGACUGCAGGACUGGCUCCCGUCGCGCAUUGUCUACGACGCCAAUCUCGCGGUCGCCCUCGAGACUAAUCUGCGAAGCGCGGUGUCUGAAGCUGAGGCGGCGGCGCUUCGGGACGGUCGCGAGACCGACGUUGUCGACGAUUCGACGGCUGCGAAGGUCGGAGCAAGUUUGAGGAACGCCUCGAAGCAGUUGCCAUCCUAUUACGAAAACCGAAUCCAGGCUUGCUUCGAAAAAGUUGGCGAAGCCGCCCUUCACCUGGUCGACCCGCUUCACAGGCUCUUGAACAAGCCGUCACCUCCGACACUAGUGAUUGACGGGCCAAGGGGCAUCCCGCCGGUUCUUGUCAAGCCAGACGCUGUCGCAGGCGAGGACCUCUUUGGCCGCGAACUCCAGCUUGAAGUUGACAUUCUCGUCCGCGAGCUUAAGAAGGAUCCAAGGGCGCUUGCCGAUCAUGGAAUCUGGCUGACAAUGGAGGUGAAGACGCCGGAGGCCCAGCGACCGCCAGGACUCGGCGACUCCGGCGGGAUUCACUGUCGCUUACAGGCUGCGCUAGAGAGGUUUCCGGACUUCACCAUCGACCAGGUGAACUCGGCCGUCCCUGACGAGGACGUAAGAAGGGAGCUACUCACGCGAAUUGCAACAGCUCGUAUCUGCGGCAACGGGCACUUCUUCUCCGUCGACAGCAUCAAGUUCGCGGUCGGCCGCCUCGUCUCCGGACCAGACAACAGCUAUUCCGCCAUCAUCUCGCCGUUCCACCCUAUCGUUCCAAGCCCAACAGACAGCCGUAUGCCUUCAGUCGCUCUCGUCAUCCUCGCUACUCUUUGCCCGUUCGUCAUCAAAGCCGACCAGGCGAACCGCGCGCUGCGCGCAGAACUGCGCCACCCCAUCGUCACCGACCAAGUGACAGGCGCAGCUGACCAGCAUCAAAGCCCUUCAAACGGACGCAGUGUACCUGGAGAUGCAGUAAGGAGCUUGCUGUCACGCUCGUCGCGCGAAGCCUCAACCAUUGCUCGCGAGGGCCUGUCAAGCAUCUCGACCUUCCACAUCAUCUACCCCGACCACCACGCCGUCGACGCCUGGCGCUUCGACCGUUCGCCCGACUCCGACGCAGCAGACUCGGCCAAGCCAACUUUUCGCCUCUUCUGGCUCAUUACGAAGGGAGGAGGCGGCAUCGUCUACGGCGGCCGAGAUCCCUGGGGUGACAAGAUCGUGCUCAAGGUCGCCUUGCCCGACGUCGAGUGGGCGCUGCAAGACGAGUACAAGGUCGGCAAGCACCUGCGGGGCUUCGCAGCGGAUGCGGAGGCGCCGUACAUGCUCCUCAAGUCGUCGAAGCGUCGCUUGAUGGCAGUCAGCCGGUAUGCGGGCGAGUCUCCGGAGGAGUGGGACGAUCUCUCGCGCGAUGUCCGAAUUAGCCUCUUUGUCUCCCUCGUUCGCCUGCAUCAACUCGCUCACGUCCAGCACAACGACAUCGCUCCUCGCAACGUCGUCGUCGACGCCGACAACGCCACGUCGGCUCGGUGGAUCGACUGGUCACUGGCAAAAGUCGGACACGAGUGCGGAGGAAGCGGGUGCUACGAGUUGCGACAAGCGGCGGGAGAGAUGGAUUUGUACGACGAAGGGGGACUCGCCGAGGACCUGCAGGCGAGGCUGGCGACUGAGGGGAUGCGCUGGUAG